AUGAGGGGGCUGGGCUGCUUUGACUAUGUGGAGUCUCUGCCGCUGUCUCUGCUGCGACGCUGCAGCAGCAGAGACAGUACGCCUUGCAGCCUGCAUUGCCAAGCAACUGCAGCAACUGCAGAGACGACUGCUCCUUACGACAGUCCUAAGCAGCAGCAUGAGAGCAGCAGGCAAGGCAGCACUGAGGCUGCCUUGCCUGCUGCAACAUGUGUUGCUACAGCUGACAGCCUCGUUGCCAUUGGCAGCAAUGAAGGCGUUGUUCUACUCUUGAGACGUCCCCAUCCGAUGCAGCCUUUGCAGCCAGUAGCUCGUUUGCUGCUGCCUCUUGUUCCCACGAUUCGAGAGAGUGGGCUUGCAGCUAAGGAAGCUGCUGCUAGCGCUGCAGUCGCCACGCAGUGUACUCACGAUUCGCGCGAUCUCCCGCCUCAGGAGAAGGGGAAAGAGAAAGAGGAGAAGGAGAAGGAGGAAGAGCAGUACAUGAAAGUGCAUGAACCCCCCCCAAAUAGGCGUCCAGUGAAUGCAAGUGGCUAUGCAGCUGCAAGUGGCAUUUCGUGCCUGCAUUUUGCGGGCGUUUGUGGCGGAGCAAGCGGCACAAAAGACGCUGGAAAGCCUGUGUUGCUGCUCAUAGGGGAUACUUCGGGGAGACUCUUCUUCUUUGCUGCCGUUCUGUUUUCUGCUUUCGACUGCGGCUCUGCCCCGACACCGAUGCCUUCCCUGCAGCUGCCGCAAGGAGGCUGCUUCUCGAGCCUUUCCUGCAGCGUCAGCACUCUGAUGACGUUCAACAGCGCUCUGGAUUUCACACUCAUCAGCUGCGACGACUUUGUUGGGGGGGGGGGAAAUCCAGCGAAGGGGCUUAACGUUGGAGCACCGCUGGUGCGGCCGUCUCCAGAAGAAGAAGAACAAGAAGAGGAAGCAGCAGCAGCGCAAACGAGCGUUCAAAUGCGAGCUCCGACGCGAGGAGGAAGAAGAGACGAAGGAGCACUAGCUCCGCCUAUUCGCUGUCUCUUUGUCUUUUACGGGGAUGCGGGGGGAAGUGUGUGGCGGGUUCGAUUGCUGCUGCAGAAGACGCUUGCUGCCGCGCGUAGCGGCGGCAGCAGCGCAGAGGGCAGCAAAAACACAGCCUGCCGCGAGCUGCCCUUGUGGUGGUGUCUGAGGAAGCGGGAAAGUGCUUGCUGCCUUCUGAGUGGCAGCAGCAGCUUCUGCUGCUUGAGAGACACUCCCAAAGACGGAAGAGAAGGCGUCAAAAUAGACACCGUGCAUUCCCUGGAGGUUGUCUUUGACGACCGUUCUCCAGUGCUGCUAAUUUCUGCAGGCACACGCAACUUUGUGCUGCUGGAUCCAAUCUCGCGAAAUGCUUCUUCCCCACCCGACAACACCUUAGUGCAUCCUAUUGGUAGCAAACCGCACGAAGGGCCUCAUAUCGCCGUGGCAGGGUUAAUGCCUCCUGCCUUGCAGCAGCAGCAGCAGCUAAAAGAACAGCUACGGCAAAAGCAGCAACAACAAAUGCAGCAGCAACAAGCAAUCUUCGUUGUACGGCCAGGAGCACGGGUGUGGGUUGCUGAUUUACGGGGGGGAGUCAUCGCAACUUUGCGACUGCGAGAGGCUGGCUGCGCUGCUAGGAAAGACACCUGUCUGGAGAGGCGCACAGGCGACAAGGAGGCAGACACUGCAGCAGAAGGAGCAGUGGAAGGCUGUUGUUCUUAUCACCCCCCGAAAGGGCUAGUGGGUGCGCGUAUCGGCUUUAUCGCGCCGCAUCUUCUUCUCUGCUGGAAUCAACAGGAGGAUACUUUUUCUUCGGCAGCAGAGAGCAGAGCAGCAGCAGUGCAGCUUCUUGGCUUGCACACCAGCGCGGUGCUUCUGCAGUGGCAGCUCGAGAGCCUCCCUGCAUGCGUCUCCUGUGACAAGCGGCUAUCCUGCUGUCUGCUAGUGCAUCGCAGCGAGGGAGACACUGCGCUGCUUCGGCUUAGAAGCCUGUGGUUCGCUGCAGCCCCCUUGAAAUUGGUGAAGGCUCUUCUUCCCGCCGUUGCCGCUGCAGCAAGCGCCGCUGCAGAAAUGCGGAUAGCGCCGCAGAGCAGCCGCAAUCUACGCGGAUGUGACGACAUCAGCUUCGACUCCCUAGAAGCCUCGAAGUUCCCCUGCUGCAGCUGCACUGGUGGAGUCGACAGGGGCUGCCGCAGCAGUUGCUGCUGGUUUGCUGCUGCCGUCGCUGCAUGCGCUCGGUACGCAGUAAGUGACGCUGCAGCAGCAGACUGGGGUUUGCAGGAGCUGCAGCUGCAACCACAAAAUCAACAACAGCAACAGAAACUGCAUCUGCAACAGCAACAAAAUCAACAGCAACAAAAUCAACAAUCUGCAGCAGCGGCAGAGAAACAAAGUGUUGCAGCGCUUGCCUUCUUUUAUCCCCUGACGCUGACGAUGCGUUUGCUGCAGCAGCAUGCAGCAGGACACACAGCAGCAGCAGCAGCAGCAGCAGCAGCAGCAGCAGCAGCAGCACCAACAGCAGCAGCAGCAGCAGCAGCAGCAGCACAGGCAGAACUUAGGCCGGCCUGCAGCUACAGCAGCAGCAGCUGGCAGCAGCUGCUGCAGGAGUACGCAAGGGUUGUGGGGUUGUUGGAAUGCGCCGCUAGUUACAGCAAGCUCCCCGCAGCAGUUUCUGCACGGCAUUUCCCCAAAGCUUUCGUGAGUGCUGCAACAAAGAUCGAAGCAGCAGCAGCAGCAAGUGCUGCCUCCCCCCAAGACGCUGAUCUCGUGUGCAGCGGACUGACAGGCUCCACAGAUCUCACUCUGCCAUCAGCAGAGGCAGCCUCUGCAGCAAUUCCAACUGCAGACACCUCCAGCUACCCACGGCGAGACAGCUCUCACGCCGCCAGCGGCAUCAGCAACUUCUUGGAGGACUUAAUUAACUCUCCAGACGCAUGCACACUCGUGCAGGCAGCUCGCUCCUGUGUGGAGGUGCUUGUGCAGCAAAAGCAGCAGCAGCAGCAAAAGCAGCAGCAGCAAAAGCAGCCGCUGCAGCAGCAGUUGCCUCUGCUCCUGGAAGCUCUCAGUCAGCUGCUCUCGGAUUGCUGGGGUGUUCCUCCUGAAAUCGAUGCUGCAGCGUCACAGGCUGCUCCGCUGUUUGACACCAGCAGGAGCUGCACACAGGCAGCUGACCACACGCCCGCUGCAGAUGAGGAAACGCAGCAGCUGCCACACUUGUUGCACGAAACGCCUCCGAGCUUGCUUGGUGCUGCCUCUCCGGCGGCAACGACAACCACAGAAACAGCAGCAGCUGCAACUGCAGCAACUGCAACUGCAACGCGAACGGCUGUUGCUGCUGCUGUUGCUGCAGACUGGAUGCUACGAGGACGCCGUGCAGCAGAAGCACAGGUAGAACGCCUUGCUGGAGUUGGAGAAGGUGCUUUGAUGAAACUGUCGAGUAGUUACGGUGCAGCUGCAGCUGCAGCGGCUGCUGCAGCUGCUGCCACAGCAGCUGCAGCAGCAGGUGGCAAGCGCAUGCAGCAGCUGGGGGCGGCACUGCUGCAGCAAGACUUCCUGGUUGAUCUGAAUUCUGCUACAUACGCAGCAGCUGAUGCAGGAGGAGGAUGUGAGGUAUACGCAUUAGAUGAGGAGCUCUUUGUGAGACCUCUAACGGAGGAUCUAAAAGAGGAAGCAGCAGCAGCGGCUGCUGCUGCUGCUGCUGCUGCCGCCGCUGCUGCUGCUGCAGAGAAGCAAGAGCUACGCGAGAUGCUGCAGCAGCAGGAGCAGCAGGAGCAGCAGAUGGAGGAGGAGCAGCAACAGGAGGAGGAGCCUGUCUGCAGGAAGGGUCGUGGUGUGCAAGCAGCAACAGAAGGAGCUUUCGAGAAUGCAGGGGAGCACGCCGAAGCAACUGCAUGUACAUCAACAGCAGUGCAAGCAGAGACGUUUACAGGCGUUGGCGAUAGGGAGAUUCGCAUUUUGAAGGCUUCUCGUGAGGGUGUGCGUAGCAACAGCAGCAACAGCAGCGGGGAAGGCAGCACUGGGGAUGGACCUAUUGUGGGGGGUUGUCUUUCUUACGUCCAAAAGGAUGGUGACAGUACAAGCAGCAUCAGUGUCAACACGAGCAGUGGCGGCAGUGUAAUACGCACAGCAUGUUCGAAGGGUGAGGGUUCAGCAGCUGCGUUCUCGAGAGUUCUCUCGAACGCUACUGACGAUGAGCAGCUGAAUCUGCUGGUUGCUGCUGCUCUCUUGUAUUCACUGUGCGCGCUCUAUCCCGCUGCUGGUGUUGUUGGCAAGCUCUCAGGAGGCGUAGGCGCAGCUGCCACGCUGAAAGGCAACCUCAGCACCAUACUUGUGGAUGCUGUUGCAGCAAAAACAGCAGCAAAGACAUACGACUGCACGGGCUCUUGGAGUGUAUCGGGAGGCGCUGCAGAUUCUGUUCGUGGUGGCUGCAUACAAGGGGUGGCAGAUGCUCGCUGCUUUCCUGCUGUACUUAUCACAGCAGCACGAUGCCUCAUGCCGCUAACGGUGUUGCAGUGGCUAUUCGAUGCAGCGCAGGAGAAGUACAGCAGCAGCAGCAGCAGUGGGUGGCAGUUCGAAGUGCCUGCGAUGGCAACAGACGCGGACUGCAUGCUUGCAGCGCUUAGCGGAAGAGAGAGCAGUAGCAGCAGCAACAGCAACAACGGCAACAGCAACAACAACAUAUGCAGCAGUACGCCUUUACUCCCUACUGAGGCAUUGUCUUUUCUGUGUAUGUAUGCGUCUGAACUGUUAACGCGGCUCGGCAGUUUCCCCCCGCAGCAGCAGCGCCAGGUGCUGCUGCUUGCCGCAGCAGCAACGCAGCUGUCCAUACACCGGAACGUGAGUAGCAGCAGGGCUGUGGAGCUGAGAAUUGUGCAGCAUGGCAGCUGCUGCUGCCUCUCUAAGACCAGCGACGCGUUGCAGCGGCAGGCGCAGGCAUUGACGACCUCUGCAGGAUGUGAAGGCGAUGCAUCCUGCGACUCUAUCCGGAGCGACUGCACAGCAAGCUCAGCAAAUACUGCCAGCAGCAUCUUCAGCAUUGCGUCUCGCGCCUUCCCCAUAGACCUGACUAGCGCUUUCCUCUGCUUGCUGCAUCUCCGUCUGAGCUGCAUUCUCGCUGCUGCAGAAGCGGCAGCAGCGGCAGAAGCGCAGCAGCUCGCGACUUUCGCGGGGGGGGCGCCUCCGUGGCAGUGGCUGCUGCUGUUAGCUGCCCUCGAUCUAGGAUACACUGCCGCAUUGCUGCAUCUGCUGCAUGAUCACUUGCUGCCUCCUCUGCUGAAGCGGCUGCAAGAGGGGGGGGGCGGGCAGGAGAGCACUCAGCGGCAGCGUUGGCAAGUUCAAAAACUGCUUUUGCAGUGCGUUGCUGCGAUCGCGGCAGGCCUUUCCAGAUGCACGUUGGCAGCUGAUGCCUCCGAGGCUGAAGCAUUCCCGAGAACGGCAGUCGAAGCAAGGAGUGCACCAGCAGAAACAGCAGCAGGCGCUGCAGCCUUAGAAGCCUCAAACGCAGGCACCGUCUCCGAGAGCUCCCCCGGUUGGCUAGGGCCCUGCAGGCAGCUGUUGACUUCCGCUGUAGACUGUCUGCUGCAGUGUUGGCGCUGCCUUCGCCUCCUUGCGCCUUCUGGAAACGAGGAGACUUUCUGUGACUCUCCCGAGCAGCAGGUUCUCCUGCUGCUGGCUCAGGCAACAGUCGCGCCGCGGACGCGUGCAUGCGCCCUCGAAGCAAGGCGGCUGCAGCGAUUGGCUGCAGCCAGACAUGCAGAACUACUUACACCCCCAGUCACGCCGUGGAGAGCGUCAGUCUCUUCAUCGGCAGCUGCAGCAGCGGAAAAUGCUGCCACCGCCUUUCUCUCAGAGACAUCUGCGGGGAGCAGCAGCAACAAGCCAAGCUCCGUGCUGCUCCAGCUUCUUCGGCAGCAAGAUGCUCUCGCAGCAGACAGCGAGGACUUGAGCCCUUUGUCUGUGCCGGAUUCGUGUUUGCAGCAGCUGCUGCAGCAGCAGCAGCAGCAGGAGCAGCAGCAGUCUGCGGCUGCCUCCUCGAGCUCCAGCAGCAGCAAUUGCUGCUGUUGUUGCGUUGCUCUGCAACCCUCGGCUUGCAGGGAAGUCGCUAAGGAAGCCCUUGUAAGCCUAGCCGCCGCACUGCAAGGCAUGGGGGCUCUUCUUCCCAGAUGUGUGGUGCACCAAUUGCGACUAGCUGCUGCUGCUCCUGCUGCUGCUUUUCCUGCUGCUGCGCAAGACAAGGCCGAGGAGGCUGUGAAGGCUGCUGCAUGCAGCGGGAUGCUUGGAAAAAGCUUCGGAUUGCCGAGGGAGCAUGCGAGCGCUGGUGGUGAAGGGCCCCCUAUAAAACACCGCGAAAGUUGCACAGCAGCAGCAGCAGCAGCAGCAGCUGCUGCUGCUGCUGCAAGGGCUGAUGUCGCACACACAGGCGGCCCUGACGGUGUUGGGCUGCACUGCGCUGCUACGCUUGCUGCGCUUCAAAGCAUUCGGAGAAAGUGGGAAGCAGUCGAAAGCGCCGACGCUGCUGCCAACAACUGA